UGAACUUAAAUCUCAAGUUCCAUUUAAUCAAUUGAAUGCAGUUGGAUAUGAAAAAUGGUGAAAAAUCUAUAGUACUUGUACUAUUUGAAAUAUUUGAUAUAAAAAAUAACACGAAAAAAAAAGUUUUAAUCAAAUUAAAGUAUUUUCCUUCAGAAAGUUGAUGCAAUUUUUCUUCAACAUAACAGAAAGUGAAUAAGUUUUUUUAAAGAAAAAAAAAAAGAGAAAAGGGACAAAUUGGAAUGAGAAAGUCAAAUAUAAAUUAAAAGUGUUGUGUCAUUCAAAGUGGCGAAAGAGAAAGACGACAACAGUAAAAAAGUACUUUAUCUUCUUCCAUGCAUGUCGAAUGCGCUGCAAUGUCGAGCGGUCUAUGAAAUUCUUUUCAAAACGUUUGUGUUUACUUGUUGUAACCAUAGAAACCGUACCGUAUAUGUGUAUCUGAUGCCCGCUGAAAUUGUGUGUGAUAGGGAAUCUGUGAAUAUAAACGAGCAAAAGGAAACGACGAAAGACUUUGUACCAUCAUAAUCAUUUGAAAUAAUCACGGAUAUAAAAUUUGCUCUCUCAGCGAAAUGAACUGAAUCAUCGUUCCCGUUGUUUUUCGUUUGUUUUCCAUUUCAAAACUACCUUUUAAAGAAAAUUAUACCAAUAGAAUAAGAAGACAUAAAGUGAAUAUAAGUGAGGAUUGUAUUAAUGUGGUUAUAAAUAAAUGAAUGUAAAAAAAAAAAAAUAAAGGCGAGAACCUUGUGCUGGCAACGGUAUAUAUAGUUUCCCCUCUUUUCUUUUCAUUUUGCAAUUCAAAGUCAUAAACAAAAAUGCGUCAAAUCAAAAGGGCACUUUCGUGAUAUUGUACAAUUGACAUUCGAGACAAUGAACCAAGCUAUUUGGCGACGACUGAAAUUCUGAAGACGAACAAAACACGAAAUUACAAAAGGCAUAAUAACAACAAAAUACUCAUAAAAAGAAAACGCGCGCGACACAAUACACUAAAACAUAAAAAAAGGGAAAAUUUGUUUGCAGAGGGGAAUAACAUUUGACAUGCACUCCAAAUUCGAUUUGGAUAGUUGAUUUUUGAUUGGAAUCACUGGUGGUGAACAUUUUUUUGUCUUCACUUGCUCGCAAAUUAAGAAUCAUAAGAGAAAAAAACAUUAGUUUGGAUUUUGUUGUGUGAUGCGCAGUAUGAGAACGGUUUUCGUUUAAAUAAUGUGGCCGGGAUUUGAAAAGUUCAAGACAAAACAGGAUAAUUCUAGUCAAAAUGAAACAAUAGAUCACAUCUCAACAAUUGCCGGCUCAUUGGCAUCCAUCGGAACUGAACACACUGAAUCACCGGGCCUGGAUGAUCGCGUCUACGAUACCGACCAUACCGAUCUCAACUCCGAUUUCGACGAAUCUGAACUGCGACGUGAACUCCUAGAAGACAAAUGGCGUCAACUCUUCGAUAAAUUUGAUCCAGAAGGUUUUGGCGAGAUUCCCGUCAAUGAUUUUUUAGUUGCCUUAAAAUCGCCUGAGCUUCAAACCCAAGUGCCUUUUAAUAAAAUCGAAUUGCUUUAUCAUCGUGCAUUGAAAUCAAAAGAGCCACACGGUACCGGCUCCAUAUCAUUUCAGGAAUUCGUGAAUGUGAUGAGCGGUAAGCGGUCACGCAGUUUCAAGUGUGCUGUUCAUCAUCGAGAUCGCGAAGUUUGCUCUGAAAACGAUUUUCAUAUUAUAUACGAGUACCAACCACUAUUUCAAAGAAUGGUUCACGUAAUUGCAAUGGAAGUGCUACCGGAGGAACGAGACCGGAAAUAUUAUGCAGACAGUUAUUCAUGUUGUCCGCCACCGCUGUUCAUACUCUUGAUCACGAUAAUCGAGUUGGGAUUUUUCGCCUACUAUUGGUCUGGACAACUUGAACCAGCCGGUCCAAUUCCAAUCGAUUCGUUAUUCAUUUAUCGACCCGAUAAACGACAAGAAAUAUGGCGUUUUGGAACGUAUAUGGUUUUACAUGCCGGAUGGUUUCAUUUGGCUUUCAAUCUAAUUGUACAACUCUUGGUGGGCUUACCAUUAGAAAUGGUACAUGGUUCAACGCGCAUCGGUUGCGUUUAUUUGGCCGGUGUAUUAGCUGGUUCGAUGGGCACCAGCGUAUUCGAUCCUGAAGUGUAUUUAGUCGGUGCAAGCGGUGGUGUAUAUGCAUUGUUGGCAGCACAUUUGGCUAAUGUCAUGCUUAACUACAACAACAUGCACUAUGGCAUCAUUCGAAUUGUCGGCAUUUUUCUAUUUGCGUCAUUUGAUGUGGGUUUUGCCAUUUACAAUCGAUAUGCAAUUGAACCAACAACAGCGCCGUCCAUUUCAUACAUCGCUCAUUUAACAGGAGCACUGGCCGGCCUUACCAUCGGUUUGUUGGUGCUGAAAAGUUUCGAACAAAAAUUACACGAACAACUGAUUUGGUGGAUUGCGCUGGGCGUUUAUUCGGCGUGCACAAUAUUUGCCAUCGCCUAUAAUGUAUUAAAUACGAUCACCAUACAAAAAUUAGAAGAAAACCCGGAAGUACUUAAAGAACGGUUAUUUAAUGGUUUUAUAUGAAAAUGAAAACAAUGGUUCGAAUUGUGAAUGAAUGAAUGAUUGAAUGAAUAAAACAACAACAGCAGCAACUGCUACAACGUUUUGUGCGAAGAGUGUAGAGACUGGAUUGCGCCAUGAGCGUAUAUAAAAGAGAAAUGAAAUCAUACCAUUCAAUAUGUAUGGCGAUUCGCAUUCAUCCUCUCAUAUUGUGCACGAGACCAUUGAAAUUUGCACAACCGUUGUUACCGAUACAUAUAUAUCGUUGUAUUGCUGCCACUCUCAUAUUGCUGUUGCCGCGCUGCUACUGUUGCUGCUGCUAAUUGAAGGUGGUGGCGAAGACUUGAGCUGCACAACCAAUCCUUCCGUGCAAACCAUUCUUUUGGAUAUAAUAUAUGAUUAUUAUUAUAUUAUUAUUAUUAUUAUUUUAUUUUCAUUCCAAAGUGGAAUAUCGCCUGAGAAGAGAAUGAACCGCUUUUUUUAAAUUAACAAUGUUUUAUUAAAUCAAAUUUAUAAUUUAGUUUAAUUUAUUAACUUAUUGUUUUUGUUUUGUCGAAUAUGUGCUGCUCUUCGUGCAAAGCGCAGAAGCAACAAGUAACAAGAAAUGAAAAAAAAAAAAAA